AUGCAAAUAAGGCAACGUCACUUCCUGAGGCAGCUGAGCGCCAUCUUCUCUUUCUGGCGCGCGGGAGGAGGGACGGGCGCGGGGCGGGGGUCCCGCCGCGUAGGCGGAGGACGCGGCGGUGUUGCGACGGCGGCGGGACGCGGCGCUCCUCGCGCCCCGUGGAAAAUAUCAAAAAUGUUUCAAAUUCCUGUGCAGAAUCUUGACAACAUCAGAAAGGUGCGGAAGAGGGUGAAAGGCAUCCUUGUGGACAUUGGACUUGACAGCUGCAAGGAGCUGCUGAAGGAUCUUAAAGGCUUUGAUCCGGGAGAGAAGUACUUUUGUAAUACAUCGUGGGGAGAUGUUUCUCUUUGGGAACCUUCUGGAAAGAGAGCGAAAUACAGAACAAAGCCCUACUGCUGUAGUCUCUGCAGGUACUCAACGAAGGUGCUCACCUCCCUCAAAAAUCACCUGCACCGAUACCACGAAGAGGAGGCUGACCAGGAGCUCAUGAUCCCCUGCCCCAACUGCCCGUUUGCCUCUCAGCCCAAGGUUGUGGGCAAGCACUUCAGAAUGUUCCACGCGCCUGCGCGGAAAGUCCAGAGCUACACAGUGAACAUCCUGGGUGAGGCGAAGACUUCAAGGAGUGAUGUGAUAAGCUUCACAUGUUUAAAAUGUAACUUUUCAAACACUCUGUACUACAGCAUGAAGAAGCAUGUGCUGGUGGCCCAUUUUAAUUACUUAAUUAACUCCUACUUUGGAUUGCGAACUGAGGAAACAGGAGAACAACCGAAAGCAAGUGAUCCAGUUUCUGUGGAUAAAGCCCUGCCAUUUGACAAGUACUACUGUAAAAAAUGCAGCGCCAUCGCCAGUAGUCAGGAUGCCCUGAUGUAUCACAUUCUGACAUCAGAUGCACAUAGGGACUUGGAGAAUAAGCUGAGGUCUGUUAUCUCAGAGCACAUCAAGAGGACCGGGUUUCUGAAGCAAAUGCAUAUUGCUCCAAAGCCAGUGACCCACAUAGCUUUACCGCCAAACAGCAGUGCUCCGAGCAUUGCAGCCCCUCCUCCUUGCUUCCAGCUUGCUUUGCCACAGAACAGUCAAAGUCCCGGCACUGUGCAGUCAGUGACUGUGGCCCCAGGCACUUCUGGGAGCCUUACACACUCACCACCUACCACGGCCCAGUCUCAUGUAGCUCUGGUCUCCAGCUCUUUGCCUGUGUGCCAGAGUAGCCUCACCCUGCAGCAGUCCGCUCCCCCACCUGUCUUUCUCUCUCACAGUGUCCCACUGAGUCAGCCCGUCAGUACUUCUGUGCUGCCUCUCACUCAGCCACUUGGGCCUGUGAAUAAGUCUGUUGGAACAAGCCUCCUCCCUGUGAACCAAGCCAUGUGCUCCGUGAACCAAGCUGUCCGCCCUGGAGUUUUACCCCUCCCUAAGCCCAUGGGGCCCAUAAACAGACCUGUGGGCCCUGGUGUCUUGCCUGUGGGUCCCUCUGUUAACUCAGGGGUUCUCCAGGCUACAUCUCCUGGGGUGAUUUCUGUAGGUCGAGCAGUUCCAUCAGGAGUCCUUCCUGCAGGUCAGGUGACCCCUGCUGGUGUGAUCCCUGGGCAGACAGCCACUUCCGGGGUCUUACCCACUGGCCAGGUGGUCCAGUCGUCAGUUCUCCCUGUUGGCCAGACAGCGCCAUCUCGAGUUCUCCCUCCUGGCCAGACAGUGCCCUUGAGGGUUCUCCCUGCAGGCCAGGUGGUACCGCCUGGGCUGCUUUCUCCAAACCAAACUGUCCCCUCGGGAGUUGUCCCUGUGAAUCAAGGUGUGAACUCUGGUGUUCUUCAGCUCAGUCAGCCAGUAACACCAGGAGUCCUUCCUGUGGGCCCACCCGUGAGGCCUGGUGUUCUGCAGCUCAGUCCGUCUGUCAGCACCAGCAUCCUGCCCGUGAGCCAGCCGGUGAGAGCUGGAACGUCCCAAAACACUACUUUCCUUACUUCAGGUUCUAUUCUCAGACAGCUCAUUCCAACUGGGAAACAGGUGAAUGGAAUCCCCACCUAUACGCUGGCCCCAGUGUCCGUCACUCUGCCGGUGCCCUCCGCUGGAGGCCUUGCAGCUGUUGGACCGCCACCCCAGGUGCCAGUGCAGUUCCUGCCCUCAAGCUCGGGCACACAGAUGGGCAGCUCCUUGCCCAGCCUGCCCUCGCCACAGGUGCUAGUGAGCCCUGCCCCUAGCGUGUUUGUUCAGGCUACCCCGCCUGUGGCAGAUGCAAAUCAGGCACUCAGACAGGCCAAGCAGUGGAAAACAUGCCCAGUUUGCAACGAGCUCUUCCCUGCCAACGUCUACCAGGUCCACAUGGAAGUGGCUCACACGCAGAGCGAGGCCAAGUCCAGUGAGAAGCCUGAGCCCGAAAGGCUUGCUGCAUGCGCCCCAUUUCUGAAGUGGAUGAGAGAGAAGACAGUGCGCUGCCUCUCUUGUAAGUGCCUGGUCUCGCAGGAGGAGCUGAUGCACCAUUUGCUCAUGCAUGGCCUGGGGUGCCUGUUCUGUCCAUGCACUUUUCAUGAUGUCCGGGGCCUUGUGGAGCACAGCAGGACUAAGCACCUGGGCAAGAAGAGACUGUCUAUGGAUUACAGUAACAGAGGUUUCCAGCUGGACUUGGAUGCUAAUGGGAACCUGCUGUUCCCUCAUCUCGAUUUCAUCACCAUACUGCCACGAGAGAAACUUGGAGAGCGAGAAGUGUACCUGGCUAUCCUUGCUGGAAUACACUCCAAGUCGUUGGUCCCUGUGUACGUUAAGGUGAGGCCUCAGCCUGAGGUUGCACCAAAGAUACCUAACAGACAGAAGCUGACCUGCCCGUUCUGUUUUGGCACAUUCAUGGCUGCUGAUGCCUACGAGCUGCAUCUGAAGGAGAGGCACCAUGUCAUGCCCACAGUCCAUACAAUGCUCCGGUCUCCGGCCUUUAAGUGCAUCCACUGUUGUGGGGUCUACACUGGAAACAUGACCUUAGGAGCCAUCGCUGUCCAUUUGCUCCGUUGUAGAAGUGCUCCAAAGGACAGCAGCUCAGACCUGCAAGCCCAGCCAGAUUUUAUCGAGAGCAGUGAACUGCUGAUGGUCAAUGGGGAAGUGAUCCCCGAGUCCACCUUUCCUCUGAAGAGAAAGCUGCCAGAAGGCCAUUUAGGGCCAGAAGAGCAGGGGGACGGGGACGAGCCCCAGCUCACAGUAGACACCGAUGCGAGCCCAGGUUCAGAGAAAGGGCUGAGUGCUGUGCCUUUGAAGAGACAGAAGAAUGAGAGCAGGACAGAGGGGUCAGGGGCCAGUGAUGACUCCCUGCAGGUGUUGGCGUUAGACCCCAGUAAGUAUGGAAGUCGUUCCUAUGAGGAAAAGAAACAGUUCCUCAGAGACUAUUUUCACAAGAGACCAUAUCCUAGUCGAAAAGAAGUGGAACUACUGUCCUCGCUCUUGUGGGUGUGGAAAAUCGACGUGGCCUCGUUCUUUGGGAAAAGGAGGUAUAUCUGCAUGAAAGCAAUAAAAUCCCACAAGCCCUCUGUACUUCUGGGUUUUGAUAUGUCUGAGCUUAAGAAUGUCAAACACAGGCUGAACUUUGAGUGUGAGUCAGAAAACCUGUAGGAGAGUAAGUCUGAAGUCUCCUGACUUCCAGCCCUUCCCACCUCUCGCUCUGUUGUAAGUGUCCGAGGCCCUUCAAGGUGUCCCAGGUGCUCAGAAAGCCUGAAAAGGAAGCACACACUGCCACAGAGGAGCUGUUCUCCGCAGUUUGCGUUGCGGCUGUCUGUUUUCCUUCUGUCAUGUAAAUUAAAUCUUUGGUAUUCCAUGCACGCCUUGUUUCCCCACGAGUGUCAGUGUCAAUAGCAACAACCUGGAGUCUGCAGAUACUUGGUUUUUCAUUUUAGAGAAUUUCUGCUUGUUUGAGAAACUUGAUUAAUAGAAAAUUGAAGCGUUGCUCCCUCUUAGUUCCUAGCUGCAGCUAGUGACAGUGUGUGUUUAGAGAAGCAAGCACUCUGAUGUGUAUGACUCCCUAAGGACAUACUUUUAAGCAUUAACUUCUGCUGAUUCUGUGACCGACGUUUGCUUAAGGCUACAAAUUUGAUUUACACCUUUUCAAGUGUCCCCUGACAGCUAUUUUUUUAAUAUCAUUAUUCAUUAAAAAAAUCCCAGAUGUUUUCCAUUUAUUAAAAUAUCCUGACUCUGAGGUCUGGUGUGUAGUAAUAAUCAAGUGUUGCUUUAUAAAUAAAGACUCUGUAGGAACAGAAAUGCUUUAUGGUGCACACUGUCUUUUGCUGUGAUGACAAGUCAUUUCUCCAUUCAAAGGUAAGACAUUUUUAGUGCCUUUAGACUAAACUGAAAACCCUGAGGCCCUUCCUUCUUGGAACUGCUUGUGAACAGUGGGAAGGAAGGGCCCACGAUAGACAUUCGUGUCUGGCUCUUGAUUUAGACACAACCUGAGGUGGAAUUCGGGUUUCGGGCAUAAGGCGACAGGCAGACGAGCUGUGCCUGUGGUUAGAGUAGCUGGGGAUGCUGUGUGGGAGUCAGGCCUUCAGAUGAAGGGAUGGUGAAGCAGUGAAUGCUCACAAUCCUGCCGAUGCCACAUCUUGCUUUUCCCCCUCCCUACGCGAUCGGUAAUGUAAAGCACCAGACUUGGUAACGAGGGCCGGCCAGCUCUGGUCCCAAUCACCCUCACCCCUCCGGGUGACGCAAGCAGGGGUUGGCCCUCAGAACACGAGCUUGAUGACCCUGGGAAGCGCUGCAGUGUUGCUGUAUGGCGGUUUUAAAAUACACUUGCAUGUGAUCACUGAAGUGUUGACUCGAGGCGGUUAUCUGUGACUCUUGUAAAUUCAGAGCCUGUUGGACCUUAUUUUUUUUUUUUUUAAUUUUCAGAGUGUCUAUUUUUGAAUUAAAAUUUGUUAAACCACUGAAA